CCCAUUCUAUUUCCUUUAAAAAAACAAGUCACCAUGGAACCAAAAAACCCUAUCUACAACCCUCCUUUUUCCCUCCCACAUUUUCCCGCCCCCCAAACACUCUUCUUCUUAAAACCCUAAUCAUUUUCCCCAAUUUCCUCUCUUCCAGUCACUUCCCACUCUUCAAUUCUCGCCAUCAGCAAUGAAACCCACUUCAAGAUCCUCCCUCGCAAGAGCAAGAAACACCGACUGCUUCCAAAGAUAUUUAAAACCAGGAGCUUUGGCCCAACUCAGAAACUCCAAGAUCAGCGCCAGAUCUCCCAAACCCAUCAAUUUUAUCUCCUUAAUUCACCACCCAGUUGAAGAAUCUCAUCAUCAGAUGUCCAUGGAUGACCAAGUUGUUGUUCCGAAUUUCUUGGUCAGCAGCAAGAUCUAUGGCGGCGGUUUUAAAAGAAAAAAGCUUAUGGCGGCUAGAAGAUCUGUUUUCUUUCUGAAUUUGGAGUCGAAUAAUAAUAAUGACGGGUCUUCAAUUGUUGUGUAUAAUAAUGAUGCUCUUGUUGCUCAUUGAUUGUAACUGUUUGAUUAGAUAUUGAUCUACUGUACUGUAGAUUUGAUUUGUAAUUUCGUAUACAGUUGAGUAAUUGGGAUUAUAGUGUAAUAAAUUAUACUCGUUAGUUACAAAUUAUAUUGAAUAUGUUUCCGUUUA